AUGCUCUCACAGGCUCUCCUGUCCGCCGUCGAGCGAGACCUGGCCGUUGCGCGUCAGCUGGCGCACUUCCACGUCGACCUGUACGCCAGUGAAGGUGAUUCAGACGAAAAUGGGGACUUCAUAGGGCCGUUCCGCCACUAUCCACCGUUGUCGAGCGACUUGCGCAGCAGUCAGGGAACGCUUACCCGUGGUGUGCAUGCCUACGCGGUGCUUUCAAACCCGGUGCAGCGACCGCGUCAAGGCACCUGCGCGGUGCUGAUGGAGCUGUCUCGGCCCCUGGAGUGGCUCUCGCAGCGCGGCCGUCAUCGCUGCCCAGGCGCAGGAGUCGGCGCAGCGGCUGGUGUGGGCACCGCAGCCACGACGUCGUCCUCUACAAGCAGUCACGUCGAUAAUGCGAGUGCAGAAGGGCGUCUCGGCGUGGGUGGAGUUAGCGGCCAGCGAGGUCCUACCGCAAACAGUAGUUGCGGCAAACUGGCGAGUGGUCCCGGUGCCUUGUCGGGCGCCCACGUGGCCAGCCCCGCUUCCCCUAGCAGCGCCGGCAUGGACGCCGCCUCGCCUUUGCACACUGCAGGUGUACCGCUCCUCAUCGCCACCGCUGCUCUCGAAGUUGUCUUCCCGGCUCGCUAUCCAAGCGUGCCAUGUCAGUGGCAGCUGUUCGAGGAAGUCUCGUUCGGCGGUGUGGGCGAUCAUUCAACCUCCUCCUGGGCCGUCACGGCGGGUCAUCACCGCGGCAACACCGGCGGAAGCAGCAGUGGCAGGUCCCGGCCUCAUCAUCUGCACGGAAGCACAUCCAGGUGCCGCACCAACUCCCCCGCGUGGUGUGCCCGCAGCGGGGCGGAGGACGGGGCAUGCGGCACGACUGGUCCGCCCGGCAGCUCCUCCCCCUUCAUUGAUCACGACAGGGCGGACGGCACCGCCUCGAGGGUGGCCGACACGGCAACGCCAACGCUCACCGCAUUCGUCGUGUCCGAUGUGGGGCGCCGUCUAUUACGAUGGAUUGCCGAGGCGCGCGCCGGCACGGGCGAUUCGUUCAUCCUGUCCUCCCCUUCGCUGGUGUCGAUGAUGACGAGCAGUGCGACUGCAAAUGUGUGGGGUGGCCAGGAGCACCAGUACGGCGGCGGCAUCAACAAAACAUACCCUUUUUUGCUUGAUUUUGCAAUGCUGCUGCGCUACUGGAGUGCCGUGGAGCUCGACGUGCACCACCUUAUCCUCCCCUCUCGGAUUGCGAUGGCCUACGGUAGUGGCAGCACCCGCGUGCCGCCAGUCAUGACGAGCAUGCACGUUAGUGGCGGCGGCGGCGCUGCUGUCGCGGCGGCGGCAGCGCCCGCCGUUGGUGUCUCAGCCCCUGUGGCUGGCGGUUCCCUGCCGAGAUCGGCCUCAGCCGCUGCAGCAGCGUCGAGCAAGAUGGUCUGCACCAACGUGGCAGCGAGCAGCUCUUCCGCGCAAUCGACGGCAGCAUCGACUAGCGCGUCUGCCGCUGUUGGGGGCGGUGCUCUGUAUGGUGGAACAACAUCCUCGACUGCGUCAGUCCCCGCGCCAGCGCCGGGGGCAGCGGGUGCGGCUGGUGGUAAUGUGAGCAGCGGUGUCGUGGCAACCGGUGCCGGCGCCGGAGUCUCAGUUCUCUACCCCUUUCGCCGUCGCCCUGCCAAGAGCUUCAUGGCGGUGCUCCUGCCACAGGGUGACGUGGCGGUGUUGGGCACGCCGCUGCCGGCGCGUCGCGCGCGCCAUGGGGUGAGUACCACUACCGCCAACAGCAACGACAAUGGGCCCGGCGCGACGGCACCGCGGCCUCCGUUUCGUCGAUUGCCGUUGUGCCUACGACACAUCUACGAGGGGCCUCAGGAUGCCGAUGGGACUGAAAAGAUGCGCGCUGGCACGGUGGUGAGCUGCACGUCGCAGUUUGAACUGGGCAAGGCACUGCCCAGCUAUGUGCUUCCUGCCCACGUGCUGGGCACCGUGUACAAGUGCGGGUGGGACAGCGUAAGCUUGUUCAGCGGCAAGACAGCUAACGCGACGCUGCACGCGAACGCGAAACUAGCAAAGGCACUGCGGCUUCCAGAUGUGAGCGACCUCUUGCAGGUCCUCCGACGACUCGCCAAGAACGUCGGCACGCCGUCCACGGGGGUGUUGUACGUGGGCGUGGUGCUCUGGCCUGCGCUGAUGGAGACGGUGCGCGUACUGCGAAAUAGGCGGCUUCCGUUUUGGGCCGGGUUGGCGGUGUGCUCGCUGCUGCUCCCGGGCGUGCUGCAGCAGGUUGACAGUGGACGGCAAGCAGAUCCCGGCGGCGGUGGACGAAGCGGCGGCUGUCGCGUCCCCGUCAGCAUCCUGCCCGCAGACAGCGACCAGCCGGCGGUGGGAGGUAAUUCACCCUCGCAGUUGCGUCGCCGGCACUUGGCUGAGUUGAUCGAGGUGGUUAGCUUCACAGAGCAGGUGCUGGCUGUCGCGCAAAAGCACACGUUGCUAUGCGAGGUUCGGCUCGUGCGGUUUUCGCUCCAGCGCCUGCUGCCACUCUUGCAGAGGGGUGAGGUCUGCGGAUAUCACCGCGCCAGUGCCGCAGAUGACCGCAUCGCAACCGCGGCGCAUACCUGCCUUAGUCAUAGUGACCUUUCGAAAUGUACUGCUGCCUGUGCGCCAGCUGGCCUCCUCCCGUUAGCACCGCUCGUGGCGUCCUCGGCGGAGAUGUGCCGUCGCGUGCAUGCCCCGAUCAGCGUCUGCGCCGUGUGCGGCCUGUCGCUGCUCCGCAACACCGUCACCCACGCACACGUCAGUGGAAACGGCAGCGCUGCGGCGGCGGCAGCACCGCUGACGGAGAUGCGACACCGCUCGCACGCCACCGCCUCUGUGGAGAGGGAUUCAGACACGCUGCAGCGGAAAAAGGACGGAGAUGACGGUCGCCCUGUCGACAGCGCGGCCAGCUCUGAAAGUGGUCCGGAAGCGACGCGCGCAACGCCGAGGACGUUGCGGGAGGAAGGCUGCCUCGUCGUCCAGUGCGCUCGCUGCGGGCACGGCGGGCACGUGGAGCACAUCAGCAGCUGGUGGAACGAUCCCACCGUGCGGUGUUGCCCGAAGGGCUGUGACUGCAGGUGUAUCUACUAG